AUGCUCCAGCCAGCCAACCAGCAGUGGUCCAGCCAGCCAGCAGCAGCGGUCCAGCCAGCCGGCAGCAGCGGUCUAGCCAACCAGCAGCAGCGGUCCAGCCAGCCAGCAGCAGUGAUCCAGCCAGCCAGCAACAGCGGUCCAGCCUGCCAGCAGCAGCGGUCCAGCCAGCCAGCCAGCAGCAGUGGUCCAGCCAGCCAGCAGCAGCGGUCCAGCCAGCCAGUAGCAGCGGUCCAGCCAGCCAGCCAGCAGCACUGGUCCAGCCAGCCAGCCAGCCAGCCAGCUAGCAGUAGCUGUCCAGCGAGCCAACAGCAGUGGUCUGGCCAGCCAGCAGCAGCGGUGGAGCCAGCCAGCCAGCAGCAGUGCAGCAGCGGUCCAGCCAGCCAGCAGCAGCGGUCCAGCUGGCCAGCAGCAGAGAUCCAGCCAGCCAGCAGCAGUGGUCCAGCCAGCCAGCAGCAGUGGUCCAGCCAGCCAGCAGCAGCAGUCCAACCAGCCAGCAGCUGCGGUCCAGCCAACCAGCCAGCAGAGGUCCAGUCAGCCAGCAACAGCGGUCCAGCCAGCCAGCCAGCAGCAGUGGUCCGGCCAGCCAGCCAACCAGCCAGCAGUAGCAGUCCAGCCAGCCAGCAGCAGUGGUCCAGCCAGCAAGCAGCAGCGGUCCAGCCAGCCAGCAGCAGUGGUCCAGCCAGCCAGCCAGCAGCAGUGGUCUGGCCAGCCAGCCAGCCAGCAGUAGUAGUCCAGCCAACCAGCAGCAGCGGUCCAGCCAGCCAGCCAGCAGCAGUGGUCCAGCUAGCCAGCCAGCCAGCUCGCAGUAGCGGUCCAGCCAGCCAGCAGCAGUGGUCUGGCCAACCAGCACCAGCAGUCCAGCCAGCCAGCAGCAGUGGUGCAGCCAGCCAUCAUCAGCAGUCCAGCAGCCAGCGGCAGUAGUCCAGCCUGCGAGCAGCAGCGGUCCAGGCGGCCAGCAGCAAUGCUCCAGCCAGCCAACCAGCAGUGGUCCAGCCAGCCAGCAACCGCGGUCCAGCCAGCCAGCAGCAGCGAUCCAGCCAGCCAGCCAGCAGCAGUGGUCCGGCCAGCCAGCAGCAGCAGUCCAGCCAGCCAGCAGCAGCGGUCCAGGCGGCCAACAGCAAUGCUCCAGCCAGCCAACCAGCAGUGGUCCAGCCAGCCAGCAGCAGCGGUCCAGCCAGCCAGCAGCAGCAGUCCAGCCAACCAGCAGCAGCAGUCCAGCCAUCCAGCAGCAGUGGUCCAGCCAGCCAGCAACAGCGGUCCAGCCAGCCAGCAGCAGCGGUCCAGCCAGCCAGCCAGCAGCAGUGGUACGGCCAGCCAGCAGCAGCGGUCCAGCCAGCCAGCAGCAGUAGUGCAGCCAGCCAGCCAGCAGCACUGCAGCAGUGGCCAGCCAGCCAGCAGCAGUGGUCCAGCCAGCCAGCAGUAGCGGUCCAGCCAGCCAGCAGCAGCAGUCCAGCUGGCCAGCAGAAGAGAUCCAGCCAGCCAGCAGCACUGGUCCAGCCAGCCAGCAGCAGUGGUCCAGUCAGCCAGCAGCAGCAGUCCAGCCAGCCAGCAGCAAUGGUCCAGCCAGCCAGCAGCAGAGGUCCAGCCAGCCAGCAGCAGCAGUCCAGCCAGCCAGCCAGCAGCAGUGGUCCGGCAGCAGCAGUGGUCCAGCGAGCCAGCAGCAGCGGUCCAGCCAGCCAGCAGCAGCGGUCCAGCCAGCCAGCAGAUGUGGUCCAACCAGCAAACCAGCAGUGGUCCAGCCAGCCAGCCAGGAUUCAGCAGUUCAGCCAGCCAGCCGGUAGUGAUCCAGCCAGCCAGCCAGCAGCAGUGGUCCAGCCAACCAGCAGCAGCGGUCCAGCCAGCCAGCAGCAGCGGUCCAGGCAGCCAGCCAGCAGCAGUGGUCCGGCUAGCCAGCCAGCAGUUGCGUUCCAGCCAGCCAGCAGCAGUGGUCUGGGCAGCCAGCAGCAGCGGUCCUGCCAGCCAGCAGCAGUGGUCCAGCCUGGCAGCAGCAGCUGUCCAGCCAGCCAGCAGCAGUGGUCCAGCCAGCCAGCAGCAGUGGUCCAGCCAACCAGCAGCAUCGGUCCAGCUAGCCAGCAGCAGCGGUCCAGCCAGCCAGCAGCAGCAGUGCAGCCAGCAGCAGCUGUCCAGCAGCGGUGGUAG